UCUAGUGGCAACCGAGUGCAAAUGCGCGCCAACUUUUUUCUCUGAUUAUUCGCACUUUCUUGUCCCUCUUUUAUUUGUCGCGCUUAAUGCUCAGUUCUCAAAAAAAUCCUUCCUAUUUACGUGCGGCCAAUUUGACAAAUAAAUACGCAUACAAGCACCACAUUCUUGAUACUUGGCACUAGAACCUUCAAAAUCAACAGCACCGACUACUAAAACCAUCUACAUUAUUCCGCAGCACAAAUCGAAUAAUUGUGCACAAUGUCGCUGCAAAAUGCACAUAUGAAUCGGACAACUCCUGGAACACCACGGCUCCAGAUAUCGCAUUCAGCCGCUCAGAGGGUGUACUUGCCACCGCCCUCGCACGUGCGUUCUAACACACACCCGCAACCAAACCAACAAGUGAGCUCGCAGCAGAGUGAUAUUUGGCGCCAGGCGCCGACUGCCGCUUCAUCGUCCGAACUGCUUACACUUAAAUACGAUGCGUUGUACUGGAAUCACCAUGCUCAUUUUGGCACUGGGUCUAACAACAGCACCGACACCCGUCAUCUUUGUGAACCUUUCCCACACACACCAGCUAUUUUCUCAGAAAAAUUGGUACAAGACCAAUUCGACAAACUUUGUCGGCGACUGAACGAGGUGAUAGAGGACAAUUAUCGGCUGGCGUCUUUGCUGGAAGACGCCAGACUUCGAAUAAGCCAGCUGCGGGCAGAAAAUGGCAACGGUUUAAACAAACUUGAGCUUGCUACAAGCAAUGUCAUACCCACGCACAAUAUGGACGUUAAAAAUUUGUCUUUGUCGUUGGCGUUUCCAUCCGGGCCACCGCCACCGGCGAAUCUAGAGACGGCCGGGAAGGACGUAAUCAAUUUUGACCGUUGCCUAAUAGCUGCACAUACUACUUCGCGCAAGCCAACGCCUGUUAUUAGUGACCGGGUGACAAUAACUAUCCCGAAUCCGAGUACGAGCCGCGGAGUUAUGCUGUUGCCAGAGCACCCACAACCAGAACUUGUAUCCUCUGACAUGAAUAUUCAGCGCAAAGGAUUCAGCAACACGCUUGUAUUACCGCCAGUCAUGCCUCACCCUGCUUAUGGCAAAAGCGUGCGCCCUUAUAACACAGUGCCGCAAGCCCAGAGCCAAGAUCAAGGUGGAUUAACUGCAGGCCAGGCCCGCUUUGACAAACAUGGUGGCAGAGCAGGUGACGACGACGCGGGUUUCCACAGAAUAUCAACGCCCAAACUUAGAAGUGCCAGUGGCAGCAGCACGUCUUUGUCCUCGCUGGCAGCGCUGUAUUUGCCCUCCUGGCACAAUGGCAGUUAUCCAGAGAUUAGCGCGUCGAGCCAGAUGGGACCGCUGCCUGCUACUUAUUGCCAUGCCGGCCAAGGUGCAAACGACGCGGAUCUAAUAAGUGCGCAGCAACCAGCUGGAAAGCGGCGCAAGCGCCAUCACGACAUUGCCUCAAAGGUUAGAUCAGUUCAGCCCGUGCCACGUAGCAUAGAUGGCAAUUACAUGAUGCCAGUGCAAGUGGGGAUACUCACGGUAUUGAGUCUUGGCCGCAUUGUCUGGGACUACAGCGCGUACCAUAACGAGCGGUACAUUUGGCCAGUUGGGUACACUGUGCAGCGCGAGUACUAUAGCAUGACAGAUCCCAACAAGCAGGUCAUUUACACGUGCUGGGUUACCGAUGGCGGUGUUGCACCACUGUUCCAUGUCGAAGCCGAAGACAUGGCUGGAUCGCCAAUUGUCGCGCCAACAGCAACUGGGGCAUGGACCACAGUGUUGCGCACAGUCAACCGUAUCAGGCAGCGCGAGCAUUCGAAUUCGGCAUCAGGGCCCGACUACUUUGGCUUUUCGCACCCGACAAUUGCCAAGAUGAUUCAGGAUCUCCGUGGAGCUGAUAAGUGCCCUUCGUACAUCAUGCAAAAUUUUGUGGAGAUGAAGGAUCGCCACGUGCGCGGAGUCAUAAAAAAAGGCCGUGGCGGUCUGCCAUCAACAGCCAUGCUCAGCCGCGGCCGGCGCGCGUUGAUGGCGUCGUUCUCCGCAUUGGAUCAGUCAGAUGCAGAUGCCAGGCAGGGGGGCGACGACCCGAGGAGACUCUCUCCACAGAUCCACUCGUGUUCGGCAAAGCGCAUAUCAGUAGCUACGCUGAUCAGCGUCAGCGGUGGUAACAGAAGCAGUCCAGACAGCCUGGUCUAGUAUUGUCAACGUUUUAUUUCGA